CGCACUUCGAUACGCCGGGAGUAUUUCUUCAACGGCUUGCCUUGAUCCUAACUUUUAUACGUGACGAUUAAUCCUUACUUUAUAUCCAUCAUGGCACAGAUCGUCGGCAAAUACCAGUACGUGUCGAGCGAGAAUACGGAUGAAUUUGUCAAGACCAUCGGCAAGUCCGAGCUCACGGACACGUUCUUGCAGUCUACGCCAGUCGUGGAGAUCCAGCAGAACGGCGACCAGUGGGUAGUCACGGUCACCAGUCAGGACAAUACCGUCACCAAUACCUUCAAGCUCGGGGAGGUCUACGAUGAGCGGUUUCCAUCUCAGAGCGUCAGUUUUACUAGCGUGACCACGAAACAAGAUAACGGCUUUAAGACGGAGACUUCUUUAACCCCGGAUCUUAAAGUGACCAGAGUCUACGAAUUAACAGACACUGGAAUGAUCGCGCACGUAUCUACCAAUAGAAGCGAUGUUAAAGCCAAGCGCAUAUACAAAAGACUGUAAAGCCAUUUUCUUAUUUAAAUAUAUAGUAUGCAAUAUGUGAUGUAUCAGAUUAUUCUAUUAAAAGGAUCGAAGUGUAAAGAAAA